AUGCAGCAACAGCACACUGACAUCGACGACCUCGCGCGCGGAUUCCCACACGAUGACGCAGACCUCGCCGCGCUCGCCACGCCAACAUCAUUGGCGAGGUUGAUUUCGGAGCGCCAUCGCUUCACGGGGCUGACCGAGCGAGAGCGACUCGCCAGCGCGAUCGGGCUGCGCGACCUUUAUUUUCUGGCCAGAGCACACCCGGAAGAGCUCGAGCACGCCGAGCAAGUCAAGGCGCUGGCCGCGCUCUUUCCCGCUCGCGGCCAGUUCGAACUCGAUGGCCUGGAGCUCUCCUUUCAUCCCACCCAGGCGCAUAAAUCACUGCGGUUUAUCGAACAACACCUCGUCCCUCCCAUCUGGCGACGCUUCUUCGCCAGACCGUGCGAGCAGAUGCCGGAGUUGAUGGCGGUCUUUGCAGAUCCCCAGGAGUUUCACUACCGAACCUUCGAGAACAUCGUCCCGCUCGAUCGCUUGUUCGAUCCGGUGAGCCUCUCGCUCCAACCUCAAGAGGAUGGCGAGUUCAUCGGCGAACUCUUCACCCUCCGUUUGGACGCAAACGAGGAAACACGCGCGACCUUGAAUCAGCUCGAUGCGCUCGACCUGUAUCUGCCGCCGCUAAACGAAGCAUCGCGCGGAGGAAAGAGGUUUAUUUUCCACUGCGCCAGGCUCGCAGACGAGCUGACGCGAGCGCUCGAGGGUGCCUUGCCCGAGCCCUGGCGAGACGGCUUCGCGCAUGUCAACCCGGUGUUCCGACUCAACCGCUUCGAGCCAGGGGAUGCGCCCUUCGCCUCGCACAUCGACACCCCUUACAGAGAUCCCUGCCGCGGCCACAUCUCACGCCGCACGCUCGUGCUGUAUUUGACCGGAGGGAGCGCAUCCCCAGUGCUGCGCGUCGCGAAUUCGACGCUCGAUGAGAUCGAGCCGAUGACCUGCGCGCUGUUCGAUCAGGUCCACGAGCACGAGGGGUUUCCGUUCGAGGAAGGGAGCAAGCUCUUCUUGCGCACCGAGCUCAUCUACACCACCGAUGAGGUCAUCGAAGCCCCCUGGCUGGGCGCGAUGUUUGCCAAGGCUUGUUACCUGAGCAGCGAGUGCCUGUUCGCCGACGAGCUCGCGCCGUUCAUGCACGACGCCUACGAUCGCGUCGCCGCGGCGAGGUGGGAUGCGAAUGGUGAAAAGCCCACGGCGGAUGACGAGAUCUUUGUCCACAAGGAGUUCGAGGGGCUCUCGUUUAUCUCGAAUGGGCAUGACUUCUGGUUCGAUGCGCGCGAGGUGGAUCUGUGUGAAGCCGCGACGUUCGCGCUGCUCGACUUCUUCAACUGCAAGAUCGAUGGCGAGGUGUUUGGCAAACGAUGCUCGCGCGCGGUGUUGAACAGGCCGACACAUUCGGCGUGGAUACCGGGGUUCCUGGACGCGCGGCGCCAGGAAACGGAGCUCGGGAGGACGGGAGAGAUCGACAAGAGGCUCCUCUUUCCUGAGCCAGAGGAGCCCGACGAGGACAUCGUCUUCAAGGAGCGCAUCCCGGACUAUCAGAGCUGGCGAGACUACGGUGACAUGACGCGAUGCGAGGUUGUCAUCGACCUGUUUAUCGAGCGCCAAAAGGCCGCGUGGAGCGAGCUCGAGCACGCCGCGAUCAUGAUGAUGGGUCAGGAGAUUUUUCUGGACCGCGAGCACUUCCUCAUCGAGCAGGAUCGCAUUUACGUGAUGACCGAGAAGCCGCUGCGUCCGGUGCACUUUGCCGCGAUGAGCUGGUGGGAGGUCGAACCCGAGGACUUCAUCAACACAGAACUGAGUUUCGUCACCUGCAUGCUCGUGGCGCUCUCGAUCUCUGUCGCAUACGCAGAACAACCUGCGCCGAUGGCGAUCGCGGUGCUCUCCCCCACCCCCGAUGCGCCGCUCGUGCUCGACGCGCUGGAGUUGUGCGACCAGAGCUCUCGCAUCGAAGUGAUCGAACCGAGCGAUGCCGACACUUUGCUGACGCUCGCGCAGUCAGCGAGCGCGACGCCCUCCCCCGAACUCGCCAGGGACAUGCACGCGCAGGGGCUCGAAGCGCUGAUCGUGAUCGAACCAUCCUCGGUCGAGGGGAGCUACACGAUCGAGACCAUCGGACCUCGAGGGCAGGUCCACGAACGCUCGACCUUCACCUAUCAGGCCAACGCGGUGAACUACCGCGCCGAUCUCUCGCGCACGCUGCAAGAAGAUCUGGCGACCGCCGCGCCGCACGUGCUGACCGAGCGUGAGCGGCGGCCAAAGCCAGACACCACGCUCGCGACAUCGGCCAACGAUGCGGAUGCGGAGCCUGUCCCCGAGGAGGACCCUGCCCCGAAAAAUCCAGCGAGCGAGAAAGAUUCACCGCGAGCAAAGACCCCAUCCACGCGAAGCGAGGAGCCGACGAACCGAUCCGGGGUCGCGCUCCAGGAUGACAGCGGCGCGACCCCUGCUCCCGACUAUUCAGACACAGGCGAAGAAGCUUCGCUCACUGAUACUGAGGGCGUGAGCGAAGACACAGACGCCGCAGCAUCACCACUCGAAGCAAAGGGGCGCGACCUCUUUGUCGAUGCCUCGCUGGGGCCUGUGCUCUAUGACCUCUUUCUGGGGGGCUCGUUUGGGGAACAGGGCAACAUCACAUCCGCUGUGCUCGGCGUGAGCCUCUUGAAGAUCAAACGUUUCCCGAAAGGAGGCGCGCUUCACGCAGAGUUCUCGACCAAUAUCAGCGGCUCAUCAUCGCGGUUUCCAGGUAUGGUGACGACGGUGGCAUCACCGCUGCUUCCAGAGGAGUUAAAGUACACGAGCCCCGGUCCGCCCGCCCCUGACGUGCCAGCGCUCGGGCUUUGGCGGACCGCGCUCGACUUCAAGCUCGACCUUCCUUCCAAACGCGCCGUGCAACUCGGACCGGCGUUAGGCGUGGAACAUCAACGCGCGGCGUUCUGGAUUUAUGAAGACCAGGUCAGGCUAACUACAGGAAAGCUGGGACUAUCGAUGCAUGUCACCAAGGGGAGAGCGCUCGUCGAUCUCUCAUUCUUUUCGCAGCUCGGUAGGCUCGCGGUCGGAGAAGGCAGCUUUAGUUCGGGCAUCAGCUUCCAGCCGAGAGCUCGCUUUCUCGUGGGCAAGCGAGGGUUAACUUUGAGCACAGGGUUACGUCUCGCUGUCAACGCGAGCUCGCAAGUCGACACGGGGGCAAACACGCUCUCUGAAAUCCGGCAACGCCUGAUCCUCGCCGAGUUCGCGCUCGGUUACUCCCGUUGA